GCUCCAAUAGAUUAUUAUCGUUGUUCCUCAUCUCAUUCAGUACAAAAGUUACCAGAUUCAAACAUAACCCAUGUUUUAUGUUCUUGGGGAGAGAAAUGUUGAACGAUCAUUGGCAGAGCAUCGACAGCUUCGAUUUUGGCGCAGCAAGAAUCGGAAAAUCACCGGAAAAAUUCGAGAUAUCAGAGCCGUAUCAGAUUCUCCGCAAUUUUAACUGGAAAAAUCCCCGCGAAUCGCAUUGUACGAAAGGAGAGACUCCGGGGGGCUCUGUCUUGCGCCCCGCCGUCAGCUCCGGCAGAUCCAACAGUCGGCUAGAUGCCGUGUUUCGGGAACAUGCCUCGACAAGGGGGCAAGGCGGGAGAAGCCGUUACGUGACUUUUAGCGCUUUCUGUGCGUAGUGCGUUUAUUUCCAGUGCGUUUUUUUCCAUAGUUGAACCUAUUAGUGAAAAAACCGACCUUAUAAAAAGUGUGAUGCACUGCUAUGUGCGGGCAAGAUCAACUCCUUAGCCAAUUCUUUUUGACACUAGUGCAUAUCGAGCUGGUAGCAGAAAGUAAGCGAACUGGAUGUUUUUUGUGUGUAUUUCUUCACUUCCCAUGCAACCAAGACUUGGAUAUAUGUAUUCUUCUCGCGUCUGAAAACAGACGGAUGCUUGGGGGAGUGGCAGGAAGACACAUGUCAAACCGACGGAAAGGUUCCGCAAUCAUGCGAAGUGGAGGUGACGACUUCAGCCCUUCGGUGCGAUAUGCCCGUCGAAGAAGGGCAGUCACCACCAUGGACCAUAAAACGUGUGCCCUUAUACAGACCAGACUCAAGCUCGGCGAUAUCAUGUGA